UGUAGAGCGGAGUUUACUGUUUUUUUCAGGUGUGGCGAUGGAGAUGGAGGUGGAUCGAGAGGCGGUGCCGCGACAGCAGCGCUUGAGGUUCACGUACCGAGGAAAGGAAUUCGUGCUGGCGAUCACGGCGAGCUCGACGCUGCGGGAAUUGGGGCAGGAGCUACAGUCGGCUACUGGGAUUUCCCCGCAGACGAUGAAGCUGCUGGUUCCUCGAGGUGCCCGUGGAGCGCUGGAGCCCUUCAGCGAGGAAUGCGCCAUGCUCUCUCUUGGAGAGUGUGGGAUCGAAGAGGGAAAGGUUUUACGUGUGAUGGGAGCACUCCCUCACGAGACGGUGGAAGUCUCGGGAGCUUUACAGAAGGACACUAGAAGCCUUGGAUUUGAGGAAGAGGAGGAACGAGCUCGGCGACGAGCUUCCUCGGCUUCUGCUACGGGAAAACUCCCUGCCGGCCCCUAUACGUUUCAAGACUUUAAAACUCUUCAACUUCCUGGCGUACAGAUGACUCCACCACCUCCGAAAGCUCUCGAGCUCUUGCAUGCCUUGGCUAGUGACAGAGGCAUCAUCGCCAUAAUGAACAAGUAUCGAUGGCGAGUGGGAGUUUUGAGUGAAAUGGCACCCGAGGGAUUGGUCGGAAUCAGUCCCAAGUGUCUUCUCGGAUUCAACAAGAAUCGCGGAGAAGAGAUCUCUCUACGUCUUCGAACAGAUGACUUGAAGGGUUUUCGGAAGUAUGAAUCCAUAAGAAAGACUUUACUUCAUGAACUGGCGCAUAUGGUACAUGAUGAACACGACGAGAAUUUCCAUCAACUGGACAAACUGCUUAACAAAGAGUCGCUUGAGCUUGACUGGACAAGAUCGCGAGGCCAAAGUCUAAGCGGCAUGAAACACCAAGUUCCAGAUAGUAUUGAGGAUGAUUCAGAGGUCUUGCGCAAAGGCCACCGCCUCGGUGGAGGUUCAUCUUCCGUUUUGAAUGUCAAGGUAGCAGCAGCCAACGCAGCAUUGAACAGACUGAAAGAAAAUGCCGAAAGCUCAAAACCAGAUGAUAAAGUAAGCGAAGAACCAGAUCCUGACGAUCAAGAAACUUAUAACAAAGAAAUUCCUGAACAGAAAGAUGGUGAACCGGAUCCCGAUGAAACUCAAGCUUACGAGAGUGAACCAGAUCCAGACGAACUGCACGCAUAUAGACCAGAAACCUGGGAACCAGACCCGGAUGAGAAGGAAAGUCACAGAGAACCAGAUCCAGAUGAGAACAAACAUCACGGGGAACCAGACCCGGACGAGAAGGAAACUCUAAAAGAUUACAGAGAACCAGAUCCAGAUGAGAACGAACAUCACGGGGAACCAGACCCGGACGAGAAGGAAACUCUAAAAGAUUACAGAGAACCAGAUCCAGAUGAGAACGAACAUCACGGGGAACCAGACCCGGACGAGAAGGAAACUCUAAAAGAUUACAGAGAACCAGAUCCAGACGACAAUGAUCCAGGAGACAAUAAAAGAACUAAACUUCCAGAAGAUCCCAAAGAACCGGAUCCAGACGAUGGUCUCAGGCAUGGAAGUCCGUUUCAGAAAGACGUGGAAGUGAUGGAGAUGGGAGAACUGGACAUGGAGAUCAAACGAAUCAAUGCCGCAGCAGCUGCUGCUAGUUCCCGGCUCGAGGACUCGAUCGCGAUGCUUACUCGUCAGGCUACUCCCUUGGAAGCGGCCAUGGCUUUCCAAACUCUUGUGAAAAUCUUAAGUAACGUCAUGGAGCAUCCAAACGAGGAGAAGUUUCGGCGUAUAAAGAAGAACAAUCCCGUCUUCCAGGAGCGUGUUGCAAAGUUUGCUGGAGCGAUUGAGCUGCUUAAAAUGGUUGGAUUUGCCGAAGAAGCAGCGAUGUCAAGCUUUGUGCUCAAGACCAAUGAUCCUGGAUUGCUGUGGCUGGCACGCUCUCUCGUGACGAGCGCGCUUGGCUCUUACGUACAUGGCUAGCGAGCGAAAAUAACAACAGGAAAGAAGAAGCAUUCUAGCACACCUGGAAGGAUGAUAUUCUCUUCGCCUGUAAAUUUUUACAAUACGAGAGUGCGUUGUUCGUCUCAA